AUGGCAACAACUUCCUCAAACACCAUGUUUGCUACCUCUUCUAAUCAAAUUCCCAUUUUAGAUGGAGAAUUGUACGAGUACUGGAGUGCCCAAAUGGAGCCAAUUUUCAUCUCUCAAGAUCUGUGGGAUAUAGUCCAAGAUGGCUAUGAAAGUCCACAGGAAGAUGAUGAAGACUCGAAGAAACGAUCAGGCAAGCAGACAAAGGAGUACAAGGAGAAUGCCAAGCAAAAUGCCAGCGCCUUGAGAAUCAUUCAGCAAGCAGUGAGCAAAUCAAUUUACCCCAGAAUCUAUGGCAUCAAAAAGGCCAAAGAAGCUUGGGAUGUCUUGCGUGAACAAUUUCAAGGUUCUGAAAAGGAAAUCUCUAUCAGGCGCCAAAGUUUAUGGCGACAGUUCGACAACUUGAUGAUGAAGGAAACCGACACCAUCAAAGACUUCCAUUCGCGUGUGGCGGAGACAGUCAACCAGAUCAAAGCCACCGGUGAUGUCAUGGAAGAAAGAAAAAUUGUGGAGAGAAUUCUCCGCAGUUUAUCAUCAAAGUUCGAGCAUAUUGUUGCUGUCAUUAAAGAAACCAAAGAUCUGGCAAAUCUACCAAUGAGCGAGUUGAUGGGCUCACUUGUAGCACACGAACAAAGAAUGAGCCGCUUCACCAAACCGCCACUGGAGCAAGCUUUCUCGUCAAAAGUCAACAUGGCGGAAAGUAAAUAUGCCAAAUCGGAGCAAGGCCAGAGAGGGGGAAACUCACAAGGAAGAGGAAGAGGAAGAUCCAAUUACAGAGGAAACAACAGACAAAAUUAUCAACAACAAAGAUCGGGCUACACCGGCUCGAGUUGCAUAAUUUGCAAAAAGGCGGGUCAUGCAACAAAAGACUGCAAAUUCAAGUGCACCAAGUGCAGAAUUCAGAACCACUCCCAGAGAGAUUGCUGGUUCCAGAACAAGCAAGAAGAUGGCGAGUCAAGCGGCACCAAAAAUGAAGAAAGCAAUAUGGUGGCCUUGUCAUGCUUGUAUGGUGAGCAAAAAUCACAGCUUCCCUGGAUGGUGGAUAGUGGUUGCAGUAACCACAUGACUGGAGAUCUGGAGUCCUUCACCGACAUCGAUGACAAAUACCGCUCUCAAGUCAAAUUGGGAGACGGGAAGAAGCUAAAAGUGCAAGGAAAAGGCACACUUGUUGUAUGCACAGAAGAAGGCAACAAAACUCUCAUUCGAGAUGUUUUGUAUGUUCCGGAGCUAACUCUCAAUCUACUUAGCGUGGGACAACUGAUGCUGAAAAAUUACAAGCUAUUGUUUGAUAAUGGCGUGUGCGAGAUUAUCAACAAAGCAGACAAUUUCAUGGUGGCCAAAGUCCCGAUGACUUCCAACAGAAUUUUCUCUCUUGCUAUGUCACAAAAUGGUGAAGUAGCAUUCAAGAGUGAAAAUCUGGAUCAAUCCUUUCUAUGGCAUCUCAGAUACGGUCAUCUCACCUUCAGAGGCCUCAAAUUGCUGAGGCAGAAAAAUAUGGUGGCAGGACUUCCCCAGAUCAACAGAGAAGAUAAAAUAUGUGAAGGAUGCAUAUAUGGCAAAAUGCAUCGUUUACCAUUUCCAAAGACAUCAUGGAGAGCAAAAGCGCCACUGGAGUUGGUACAUGCAGACAUAUGUGGUCCAACCCGAACACAAUCACUCAGCGGCAAAAGAUACUUUCUACUAUUUGUAGAUCACUUCACCAGAAUGAUGUGGGUAUUCUUUCUGGAGCAAAAGUCAGAAGCUUUUCCCAAGUUCCUUCAAUUCCAAGCAGUAGCUGAGAAGGAAAGCGGCCAUCAAAUCAAAACUCUCCGUACAGAUCGUGGAGGAGAUUUUAUUUAUACUCCGUUCAUGGAGUAUUUUCGCAACAACGGGAUAAAAAGGCAGCUGACGGUCCGUUACACACCACAACAAAAUGGCGUGGCGGAACGGAAAAAUCGCACGAUUGUGGAGAUGGCGAGAAGUAUGCUCAAAGCAAAAAAGCUUCCCAACAACUUGUGGGCAGAAGCGGUCAAUACAACAAUUUACAUCCUCAACAUAUCACCAACCAAAGCAGUUCGGAACAAGACACCGAUACAUGCGUGGCACCACAGGAGGCCACAGGUCGACCACCUCAAAGUCUUUGGGUGCAUAGCUUAUGCACACAUCUCUACUCCAAACCGAGACAAGUUUGACCAGAAGGGAGAAAAGCUGAUCUUCACCGGCUACAGUGAUGAGUCCAAAGGCUAUCGUCUUUACAACCCAGUAAAGAACGAAGUGGUGGUUUCCCGAGAUGUGAUCUUUGAUGAGAUGGCGGAGUGGAAUUGGGAAAAUCCAAUUUCUCAAUCUCCACCAAGUUAUGAAAUUCUGGAGGACUCAGCAACUCCAGAAGACCCCAGCAACGACCCAGAUCCAGUUGCUAGUCCAGAAAGAAAUUCUGCACCUAGCCCAGAAAGAGACAACUUCAGAGACAUCGUAACAGACUCAGAUUCACCUCCAUUGAGAACAAGGUCUUUGCGAGAAAUUUAUGAAACAAGUCAUGUGGCAUAUUUUUCUUGUGAGCCUCAAGUCAUUGAAGAAGCAGCCAAAGAUGAAGUUUGGAAUGAGGCGAUGGAUGCAGAAAUUUCCAUGAUCGAGAAAAACAAGACAUGGGAGCUUGUUGAUCAACCGGAGGACAAGCCGGUUAUAAGUCUCAAAUGGAUCUAUAAGAUCAAAUUCAAUGAAGAUGGUUCUAUCUAG